ACUGUUGGCCACAACACUUGGAUCCAAAACAAACAGAUCUUCCACGAGUUCUCUAGUUUGGAAAUGGAAGAGAUUGACUGAUCCAUUACAAAGGAGAAGAUGAAGCGAACUAUAGAACUGACCGAGGAGGAACAAACUAAACUGGACCGCAAGAAUAAGAAACUAAAGAAAAAGAAGGCCAAGUUGAUAGAGAAACAGAGCGAAGUGCUUGACAAUCAAGCAAAAUUGAAUGAAAAACUCAAGAAACCUCUUCUCGGAGAAAUUCAGCAAGAGCCUACGAAAGAAGACAGUUCCGCCAAGGUUAAGAGCAAGAAGAAGAAAAAAAAGAAGUCAUCUGCAACCUCAGAUCAUGUCCACGAAACCAUUGGUCGCGGCAAAGCAAUGAAGUACCUAGAAGUGUGGGCCACUGAUAGAGCAAACUGGAAGUUUGAAAAAUGUCGACAGAUUUGGCUCAUUCAGAAUUGUUACGACCAAGUCAAAAUUCCGGAUGACAAAUUUGACCAGUUGCUAGAAUACAUAGGAUCAAUCAAGGGACAGAUGCGAGCUUCUGCAUUGAAACUUGCCCAAGAAAAGGUGGCCUGGGAAGAAAAAUGGAAACAGAUUCUUGAAGACGGCAAAUCGGAAGAAGAGGCCAAGCAAGAAUUAAAAUUGGAACGUCAACCUGCCGUUGUGGUUAGUCGAGCUGAAGAAAUAAUUAGUAUGCUUGAAUAAAUGUACGGAAAAUUUCAUUUUUGUGACAUUA